AUGCGCGGAGCAGGAGCGCCGUCCUGCGCGGGAAGUGGGCACUCUAGCCCGCCGCCAGCUCUUCUCUGUGCUCUCGCCCUAUCUCGCCGGCUCUGGCCUCGUUCCAGUCCUCCUUGGUCUCGGCGGAGGCGGCGGCGGCGGCGCUUGGGGGGAGGGGUGCAGGCAGCAUCCAGAGCCAUCCGCCACGAUGGUGAACUUUACAGUAGACCAGAUCCGAGCGAUCAUGGACAAAAAGUCCAAUAUCAGGAACAUGUCUGUGAUUGCUCAUGUCGAUCAUGGCAAAUCAACACUGACAGACUCUUUGGUAUGUAAAGCAGGUAUCAUUGCCUCAGCCAGAGCAGGGGAAACACGAUUCACAGACACGCGGAAAGAUGAACAGGAAAGAUGCAUCACAAUCAAGUCUACGGCAAUUUCCCUGUACUACGAACUUUCAGAAAAUGACUUGGCCUUUAUCAAGCAGUCCAAAGAUGGUUCGGGUUUUCUUAUUAAUUUAAUUGAUUCUCCUGGACAUGUAGAUUUCUCCUCUGAAGUGACAGCAGCUCUUCGUGUCACUGAUGGUGCCCUUGUAGUAGUUGACUGUGUUUCAGGGGUGUGUGUUCAAACUGAGACUGUUCUGCGUCAGGCAAUUGCUGAGCGUAUCAAGCCAGUACUGAUGAUGAACAAGAUGGAUCGGGCUUUGUUGGAGUUGCAGCUAGAGCCUGAGGAACUUUAUCAGACCUUCCAGCGGAUUGUGGAAAAUGUCAAUGUCAUAAUUUCUACCUAUGGAGAGGGAGAAACUGGACCAAUGGGUAAUAUUAUGAUUGAUCCAGUUAUCGGCACUGUUGGGUUUGGCUCUGGUCUGCAUGGCUGGGCAUUUACCCUGAAGCAGUUUGCCGAGAUGUAUGUGGCCAAAUUUGCUGCCAAAGGUGAAAAAGCCCAACUGGCUCCAGCUGAGCGUUCAAAGAAAGUAGAAGAUAUGAUGAAAAAACUCUGGGGAGACAAGUAUUUUGACCCAGCAUCUGGAAAAUUCAGCAAAUCUGCCACCAGUCCAGAUGGAAAGAAAUUGCCACGAACAUUUUGCCAGCUCAUUUUGGAUCCCAUCUUCAAGAUCUUUGACGCUAUUAUGAGCUUUAAGAAGGAAGAAACAGCCAAGCUGAUCGAGAAACUCGACAUCAAGUUAGAUGCAGAAGAUAGAGACAAAGAGGGCAAACCACUCCUUAAGGCUGUAAUGCGUCGCUGGCUGCCUGCUGGAGAUGCCUUGCUUCAGAUGAUCACCAUACACCUGCCUUCCCCUGUAACUGCACAGAAAUAUCGCUGUGAACUUCUGUAUGAGGGGCCGCCUGAUGAUGAAGCUGCGAUGGGUGUCAAAAACUGUGAUCCUAAGGGCCCUUUGAUGAUGUACAUCUCCAAAAUGGUCCCCACAACUGAUAAGGGACGUUUCUAUGCCUUCGGACGUGUCUUUUCUGGUGUCGUUUCCACUGGACAGAAGGUUCGAAUCAUGGGCCCAAACUACACGCCAGGCAAGAAGGAAGAUCUUUACCUAAAACCUAUUCAAAGAACCAUUUUGAUGAUGGGUCGUUAUGUUGAGCCCAUUGAGGAUGUACCUUGUGGCAACAUUGUUGGUCUAGUUGGUGUUGACCAGUUUUUGGUGAAGACGGGUACCAUUACCACGUUUGAACAUGCACACAACAUGAGAGUGAUGAAAUUUAGUGUUAGUCCAGUUGUACGUGUUGCUGUUGAAGCAAAAAACCCUGCUGAUCUGCCAAAACUAGUUGAAGGUCUAAAGCGGCUGGCCAAGUCUGAUCCUAUGGUUCAGUGUAUUAUUGAAGAAUCUGGUGAGCACAUCAUUGCUGGAGCUGGUGAGCUACACCUGGAAAUUUGCCUUAAAGAUUUGGAAGAAGAUCAUGCUUGUAUUCCCAUCAAGAAAUCGGACCCAGUUGUAUCGUAUCGUGAGACAGUCAGCGAGGAGUCAACCCAGAUGUGUUUAUCUAAAUCCCCUAAUAAACACAACAGGCUGUAUAUGAAGGCCCGGCCCUUCCCCGAUGGUCUGGCAGAGGAUGUAGACAAAGGAGAUGUUGCUGCCCGUCAAGAGCUGAAGCUGCGCGCACGUUACCUGGCAGAGAAAUAUGAGUGGGAUGUGUCUGAGGCCCGCAAGAUCUGGUGCUUCGGACCUGAUGGAACAGGCCCAAAUAUCUUAGUUGACAUCACCAAGGGUGUCCAGUAUCUGAAUGAAAUCAAAGAUAGCGUUGUCGCUGGCUUCCAGUGGGCCACAAAGGAAGGCGUGUUGUGCGAGGAGAACAUGAGAGGCGUUCGUUUUGAUAUCCAUGAUGUUACUCUGCAUGCCGAUGCUAUUCACCGUGGUGGCGGGCAAAUAAUUCCUACUGCCAGGAGGGUCUUGUAUGCAUCUGCUCUUACAGCACAGCCCAGGCUUAUGGAACCCAUCUAUCUGGUAGAGAUCCAGUGCCCAGAACAAGUGGUUGGCGGGAUCUAUGGUGUGUUGAACAGGAAACGGGGUCACGUCUUUGAAGAAUCCCAAGUGGCAGGAACCCCAAUGUUUGUGGUCAAGGCUUAUCUACCUGUAAAUGAGUCUUUUGGUUUCACUGCUGACUUGAGAUCUAACACUGGUGGUCAGGCUUUCCCCCAGUGUGUCUUUGAUCAUUGGCAGAUUCUGCCUGGAGAUCCUUACGAUAUAAAUUCUCGUCCUUGUCAAGUCGUGGCUGAAACACGUAAGCGCAAAGGCUUGAAGGAGGGUAUCCCACCUCUGGACAACUUCUUAGAUAAGUUGUAACCACAUCCUCCACUUGUCAUAUGUUACAAUGCCUGGCUUCAUAUUACAUUUCCUCAUGAAACCAGGAGGGAAGUGGGAAGCUUGAGACCACCACAUUGAAUACAAACACAAGCCAACACAUUGCAAUUAUGUCAUGAUCACCUACUAAAGAAAGUAAAUAAAAUAAGUGUUCAGUUGACUGA